AUGACCACGUACGAAUCUGCCCCCAAUCGCUUCGUCACUGUCGGCGACACUCGGUUUGCCUACCGAUGGCUCGGUCAGAGGCACGGCAUCCCGCUCGUGCUGCUCAUGCACUUCAGAGGUACCAUGGACCACUGGGAUCCUGCCUUGAUCAACCCGCUGGCCGCGGCACGGCCCGUCAUCCUGAUAGAUAAUGCCGGCGUUGGGCGCUCGUCAGGCGAGGUGCCAAAGACUUUUGCGGGAUGGGCGCAGCACUAUGUCGAUGUGAUCUGCGCACUCGGAGUCAAGCGUGCAGACAUAAUGGGGUUCUCCAUGGGCGGAUGCGUCGCACAGCUGGUCGCCCUCAAUGCCCCGAAACUCGUCCGCAGUCUCGUGCUCUGCGGCACGAUCCCGAGCGAGGGCGAGGGCGUCACGCACGCGCCGUUAGGGCCCUUCAACCAGCUGAAAGCGGCCGCAACCGACGACGAGCACCGCGAUGCCUUCCUGUCCACCUUCUUCACGGGCUCGGAGCGGAGCCAGGCCGCCGGGAGGGCGAGCUGGGAGCGCAUCGUCAACGCCCGCCCGAACCGCACGCCUGCCGUCCCGGCCGAGGCCGCCCAUCGACAGGCCGUCACGUUUGCCAAGUUCAUGGACCCCAAGCAGGCCAAGGAUGCAUCUUACAACCGAUUCCAUGAGCUCAAGCUGCCUGUCCUCAUUGCCAACGGCAACGAGGACCUGCUGUUACCGACAGAGAAUAGCAUCCUCAUGUGGAAGAAGCUGAGCGGCGUCGGCGCCCAACUGCACCUAUACCCGGACUCGGGUCACGGUUUUCUCUUCCAGAACGCCGGCCCUUUCGCGGCACUCAUCAACACUUUCCUCGACAGCGCUCCUGACCAGGCCAGCAGACUGUAA